AUGGCCGCCACGUCCCAUUUGAGUCACCUUACAACCAUCGACCGCCCAGACUCACGGGUGAGCCUGGCGCGGUCCGAUUCGACGUACCAUAGUUUCCAGGACAUCGAUUUGCCCGAGCCCGAGGUCCCAUCCUGGCCCGUCCAGAAGCCGAUUGUCUGCCCACCGCGGCCGUCGCCAGGUCCAAAGGAGGAACCGAGGCCCAUGGCUCGAGAAAUGCGCCGGCAGGACUCAGGCUACGAGUCGAUAGCCCCCCAGGAAUCUCUGCCAUCCCGCCAAAGGACCUCAUCCUCCAACUCCCUCUCCUCUUCCACACGCCAGCGACGCACAAGGCCGCCCAACCACCGGUCCCCGAAGUCCGGCCCGGUCUCUCAUCGGCCAAGAAACGGCCGCCACUCCGUGUCCCCGCCCGGCAGCUCCCGCUCUCUCGCUUCACAACCACAACAGCCAGUCACCUACUUCCACUUCCCCCACUUCACCUCAUCCGACCCCACCCUGGUCGAGACCGACGGCGCCGUCGUCGCCCGACAAAACGCCAAGGACUUCGCGUCGACGCCCAGCUUCGCGCUCGAAGCCCCAGCGUACCCGCUGCCGCCGCAGACGACGCACUACUGGACCAGCGACCGGACGCGGCGGCUCGAGUACGCGGCCAUCGACGCCGCCAGCAACGGCGUGCGCGGCUGGGUCAUGCGCCACGUGGUGCCCGACUGCUUCGUGCCGCAGAGCAAGCGCCGUGUCGGCUUCGAGGACGACCGCGGGAGUGUGGUCCGCUACCGGUUGGAGCUCGAUGAUAGGGAGGAGGCUUCUGCUGCUGCUGCUGCUGCUGAGAAGCCCGAUGAGGUGAGGGUUAGGGGCUGGAAGGGGUGGUUGUUUAGCAUGCGCCGCCGUUGA